GACAUAAGUAUUUUUUACACCGACACAGAAAACAAACUGCAAAACAUUAAUGUUGAACAUGUUCCGAACUGGAUGCCUACAAAAGAUGUUAUCAUGGCAACACAUGCACUGGAGGUCGGCUGGGCGACCAAUGUUCAUGGGCACAUCAGCCACAGAGAGACACAAGACACAGGCUGUGAUAUUUGAUAUGGGAGGGGUCGUCCUGCCGUCCCCACUGAUUCUUUUCAAAAAUUUUGAGCAGAUGUCUGGACUCCCAGAAGGGCUGAUUGGAAAGGCAAUCAUUUCUGACAAGCACUUUGGAGCCUGGACCAGGCUGGAGGAGGGAAAACUUUCCAUGGAGGAAUUCGCAAAAGAGUUUGGGGUGGAAUGCUCAAGACUGUUGGGAAAGGAAGUUGACAUGUCCGGUCUGAUGCCAUUGUUCAACCGUACGUACGUGAACCCUUACCCGCAGAUGAUCGAUGCCAUAAAGUGUGUCAGAGCUGAAGGACUCAAGACGGCGCUACUGACCAACAACUGGUUCAACAUCAAAGACCAAGAGAGUUUCAUACCUCUUGAUCUGACACUGUUUGAUGUGGUUGUGGAGUCAUGCAAGGUUGGGUACAGGAAACCCCAUCCUAAGAUCUAUGAGGCUGUGCUCAAGGAACUAGGGUUGCCAGGGCAACAGUGCGUCUUCCUGGACGACAUCGGCGAGAACUUGAAGGCUGCCAGUCAGUUCGGUAUUAAUACUAUUAAGGUUAAGGACCCAGACCAGGCCAUAGUGGACCUAGAGCGGCACCUGGGCCUGACAUUGAGGGGUUACAUGGCAGGGACUACCACCGUUCCUAGAAGACUGACACUCGAUAAGGUGAAACUCACGAGUUACCUUAACACCCAGCUCAAGCUACACGAUAAGGCUGAGCCAGUGGUGCGUUGCUUCUCCCAUGGACAAUCAAACCCGACCUACUUUAUCAAGUAUGCUGGCAAGAACUUGGUGCUGAGGAAGAAACCUCCAGGCAAGUUGCUGCCAUCUGCACAUGCCGUGGAGAGAGAGUACCAAAUAAUGAAGGCCGUCGAAGGUCACGGGGUCCCAGUACCGAAGAUGUUAGCUCUUUGCGAGGAUGACAGUGUACUGGGCACCCCGUUCUACAUAAUGGAGCACUUGCCUGGGCGAAUCUUCAAGGACCACCUGCUGAGUGACUCGAGGCCAGAAGAGCGGCGGGCGAUCUAUUCAGAGAUGAUCAAAACCCUGUGUAAAAUACACUCCGUCAGCAUCCAGGAUGCUGGGUUACAGGGCUAUGGGAAGCAUGAUGGCUACCUGAAACGUAACUUCCAGCGGUGGGCCAAGCAGUACGAGGCCAGCAAGACCACAGACAUAGAGAGCAUGAACAAACUCAUGGAGUGGAUCCCCAAAAACUUCCCGCCAACAGAACGCUGCACUAUAGUCCAUGGAGACUUCAGACUAGACAACUUGAUAUACCACGAGUACCGCCCGGAGGUACUGGGUGUGCUAGACUGGGAACUUUCAACCCUGGGAGACCCUCUCACCGACCUUGCGACCCUUGUCAUCUGCUACUACAUACCCCAUGGCUUUCCCAUGUUUCCUUCUUUCGUUGGUGAGGACCUGAAAGCGCUGGGUAUCCCAGAGGAAAAGGAGUUGAUUCAGGAAUACUGUCGACGUAUGGGUGUGCCCAUGAUUGAGGACCAUGUCUGGGAUUUCUAUGUGGCCUUCAACUUCUUCCGUUUUGCUGCAAUCCUCCAGGGCGUCUACAAGAGGGCAAUUACUGGUCAAGCUGCCUCCCCAGACGCUGAAUACGUCGGUCUUUACGCAAAGGAAGUGGCCAAUAAAGCCUGGGAAGUAGCGACCCGGAGUAACCAUAGAUUGACCAAUCAAACCACGGCGGCGUCAGACCCUGCCAACAGUGGCAGACGACAUUACAGUACGUCUGCUGCAGACAUGACCAGUGCUGGUUCAUUGAUAAUUUCUGUGGAGAGUCUCCCAGAGCGAGUACGUACCCUCCACAAGCAGGUGAAGGAGUUUAUCGCGACCCACAUUGCCCCGAUAGAGCUCAAGUAUGUGGCACACUCGCAGUCCAAAGACAAGUGGAAAGUCUUUGAACCCAUUGAGGAGCUCAAGGCAAAAGCCAAAGCUGCAGGACUGUGGAACCUGUUCCUGCCAAGAGAGUCAGACCACGGGGGUAAAUAUGGGGCCGGACUUAGCAAUCUUGAAUACGCCUUCAUUUGUGAAGAGAUGGGGAAGUACCUGAUAGCACCAGAGGUGUUCAACUGCUCGGCCCCCGACACAGGCAACAUGGAGGUACUGGUUAAAUAUGGCACGGAGGAGCAGAAGCAGCGCUGGCUUGUUCCACUGUUGAACGGGGAGAUCAGGUCGUGCUUUGGGAUGACAGAACCAGCGGUGGCAUCUUCAGAUGCAACCAAUAUCCAGUCCUCCAUUGUGCGAGAUGGCGACAGCUAUGUGAUUAAUGGACAUAAGUGGUGGACUUCAGGUGCCAUGCACCCAAGGUGUAAGUUAUGCAUAUUCAUGGGCAAGACUGACCCCUCAGCCAAGACCCAUUCCCAACAGAGCAUGAUACUGGUUCCUAUGGAUACGCCUGGGGUCAAGAUUGUGCGAUCCCUCAGCGUCUAUGGUUAUGAAGAUCCACCAGCGGGCCAUGCCGAGGUGUUGUUUGAAAAUGUGAGAGUCCCGGCCUCCAACAUGUUGCUCGGCGAAGGUCGCGGUUUUGAGAUCGCCCAAGGUCGACUGGGGCCAGGUCGCAUACAUCACUGCAUGCGUCUCAUUGGACACGCAGAGAGGUCAUUGGAGCUGAUGAUUCAUCGAACGAUGAACCGCGUUGCGUUCGGCAAGCCCCUGGCGGCGCAGGGUACCAUACAGGCUGACGUGGCGCAGUCGAGGAUAGACAUAGACCUGACAAGACUCAUGGUGCUUAAGGCUGCACACAUGAUGGAUCACUAUGGCAACAAGGUUGCAGCGAAUGAGAUAGCUAUGAUAAAAGUGGCUGCCCCCAACAUGGCUUUGAGAGUGAUAGACAGAGCUAUACAGGCCCACGGUGGAGCGGGUAUGCAUAGCGACCUUCCGUUGGCCUCGUUUUACGCGUGGGCACGGGUGUUACGAUUGGCGGACGGGCCCGACGAAGUCCAUUUGAGGACUAUCGCUAAAAACCAGUAUAAGAAAGCUGCCAAGUUGUAGACAUUUGGGGAUUUGGUGACUGUACAAAAGCUGCCAGGAUUUGCAGUUGUGUUUGUUUUUUAUUUGGACAGAAUCAGUGCAUAUAAAGUUUUGAAUAAAUUUAUUUGGUGCAUGUGUGAGACUGUCUUAAUAUGUCUGCUAAUAUGACUUUUGACGUUAAAACUUGUUUUUGGGGGCUAUAAGGAAAAGAAACUCCUCAUGAAUUGUGCAAAAUUUGCUUAGAGGUGCAUUCAAAUGUUGACAUGUUAGAUAUAAAAUUGUGUGUCGUCAUAUUAAGCUGAUGUCUAUAUAAUUGCAUAUUUUUCAGAUUGUUUACUGGCUGUUGUAUUAGGCUAAAAUGGUUUCAUGGUUUAAACAUGGUUUAAAUGGUAUCAUGGUUUAAACAUUUGCUUUGAUGUUGAUUUUAAUGCAGAAAAGAUUAGCUUAGUUAAGAUAGAAUAUUGUGAUUAACAUAUACAGUACUUGUGCUUUUUAUACAAAAUUUAUACUAUAGAUUUACUUCACAUGAUUUUUUUUAAUUACUAUGAUUUUGACCUUUUGGUAAUUUCUAUUUUUAUUUUGAAUGCUUCAUAUUGUUUUGGUUAUUGUACUGUUAAAUGUAAUAUUAUUUUUUUUAAAUAAAUUAUGACAAAAUGAG